AUGGCUGAUGAGACACAAUCGAACUGCAAACCGUGGAAUUGCCAUCAACAUGCUGUAUCUCUGGAUUCAAAGCACGCCCAAGCGCCAAAGUCGCACGUUUAUCUGCAGACCUUAGGAAAUAGACAGCGAGAUCUCAUCGGAAACAACAUCUCUAGUGCGCGGGAUACCAUAAACUCUAGGCUUUCAUCAAAUAUUGCUCGAAAAGAUGGCCAGGCGUCCUUGCGCGAUAGCAACAUCAGCCCCAAAGAACGACGCAGACGGGCUCGGAGAAACAGUGACCGAGAUGAUGGGUGUGGGAGUUCUGGGAUUAGGUUUGGGAAGCAGUUUACGGUUGGAAAUGUCGGUCACAAUGGCAUGAUAUAUCUCAGGCCGGUGGCGCGGCCAAUGACCCGGGGGCUCCAGCUCACUUUUGCGCGUCCAGGAACGGCGUCGAUCCCUAAAGAGAAGCGGAGCCCACAGGAAAACUCCUCGGCGCACAAAAGCAACGAUGAGUCUGCACGCCCUUCAUGGGCUGUCAAAGAUGUGGAAAGAAGCGAGCAGUGCUCAUCAGUCGAUCACAGUGACUGCACGUUGGAUGCUUCGCAGCCUCGUCGCAUCAGAGCUCAACGUGCACGGUCAUUUUCCACGAAGGCGGAAAGAGAGCAGGUUGCGCCAGAGUCUUUUGCAUUCGGAGAGAAUCAAACACGUAAAGACAAAAAUUUGCCGCGCGAAUACCCACUUCAGCGUCCAAGAACCGCAGAUGAACGGGCAAAUCGUAUGCUGGAAGUCCCAAUACCACACUACCGACUUGGGCAUCCUAGCUUCAGCACGCAGGGAAAUGCCUUCAUGCGCAGUUCAGUGUAUACGACGAGUUCCGUGGCCGACGAUGUUGCAUCAUUUCAGCCAUGUGCAGGAAAGAUGCUAGGGCAUUCCACUGAAAUACCACAGCUACAUCCACAACAGCCAUUACAUUCAAAUGGCUCCGGGGCUCCUUUGAGAUUAGGUCUUUAUCUAGACCAUUCAAGGUCCGCUGAGCGGCAGGAAGAACUUGCACGUCACAUGCCCACCAGCUUUGAUGAUUUGGUCCUCGAAUCCGAUCACCCAGCCGUCGUUCGAUAUUCGCCAAAUACUGGAAACAUAGUCGCUGCGACUCCACUUCGAAUGAUAGCCCAAAUUACAUCAGCUAACUUUUUGGACUAUGAACUUUUAUCUGACUUUUUUCUCACCUUUCGCUCUUUUCUCUCUACACAAGAGCUUGCCAAUCAUCUUACCAAUCGGCUUCGUUGGGCCAUUGAACGGCAUGACGACUUAGGCCGAAUUGUUCGAGUCCGCACAUUCGUAGCCUUGCGCCAUUGGAUCUUGAACUACUUUGUGGACGAUUUCGUCCCCGAUCAAGCGCUUCGCAGCUUAUUCUGUGACCAAAUCAAUAAACUUUCCACAAAAUUGCGCCAUCGAUCUUAUGAAGGUCCCGGAGAUCUGCGGAUAGUCGAGGAAUUAAAAAAAUGCUGGAGACGAACUUGCUCAUUAUACUGGGAUUUUUCGAAAGAACCUCAUUGUGCUGAAGGAGACGCCGAUGAAUUCGGUCCCAUAUUACCAGGCGGUGAGCUAGGGAAUCGUCGCGGAUGGUCAAAGAAUUCAGACAAGCGACAUUCACUUGCCUUGAAAGUUGGUUCGCCGUCCUUCCGAACAGAUACAAUCUUGUGUAAAUCACCGAUAAAAUAUAAUGAGUCCAACCAAGCUCAACCAUUCAAAGGACACCUACUGCCCGAACUUGUCCCGGAUAAUACAAUUAAACCCCAGACAGGACCACUCGAUUUGCCUCUUGCUUCGCCAGGCAGCGAAGAAGAUGGCCCAGUUUUCUCUUGCUCAGGGCCAUCAACAGCUUUCAAAACGGCUCACUGCAGCCUUUCCCGGGCUCCUGUUGCUCGUCCAGUACAUUUACCAAGUAUAGGUAGCACAGCUUUCUCUGAUACCUCAAGGGCGCAUCGCAGACUAGGGAAGUGCUCUGGACCAAUGCAUGGUCAUAAGCGCAGCUUUUCCGAUGCUCUUACAGAUCCACGUACAACCUUGAUACUAGGCGGCAUUGAUUUCUGUCCGAAGCCGCCACCGGCCGCCGUCAUUCCCAACGGCGGAGGCCUGGUUAGAGGAAAUGUGGUCUCUCCAGGAACUCCUUUUGUAAGCCUCCGAGGAGGUACGGCUCCUGUUAGAGCACAAACUAACAUUGUCGAGACACGUGACAUUGUCAAUAUCCUUCCACGGACUGAAAGAGACAGUGGUAACGCCAACCCUGGCGUAAAACGGCUCGUUGGUAGCGUACGUCGAGCUCUAAGCCACAGACAAGCUGGGAAGGGGCCUGUCCAAUCUGCAAAUCGAUCUUCCAAAGCCAAGCCUUUGUCUUUAGGGGACGACUCGAGCCACCUUCCUCGCAAUUCUUCCGGGAAUUUGCAACCAGAAGUAACGAACUCCAAUCUGUUCACUCCUUCAGGGCCAUAUCGAAUUGAUUUUUUGACUGCGCAAGCUGCCGAGGCUUUCAGCGCGACGACCGAGGGAUCAAGCCAUGUUAAUGACCCAACAGAUUUAUGCAAAAAUUGUGCGGGCAUCCCAGCACCAAGCAGUCAUCGAGCCAGCUUCACGAGUAGUCAUUUCCGGCAUUUGGGGGACGAGAGCGAGUAUCGUUGUCAAAGCGACCUUACAACUAGCAGCAGAUCGAUCCUUAUCGUGGACGAUAUCAAUAUCGAUGAGACAUUUCCGCCAGCUUUGAAUCAGAAAUGCGGGUCUUUAAGCCCUGAUCAUGCGGGUGGUGCUCAGCGGUCUUAUGAUCAUGAUGAGAACAGGUCCGGCCGCCAUGAAUUGGGCCUGAGCUCUAGAAAUAUGACUGCCGAAGGGGGCAUUGGCUUCAUCCGCAGUAGGUCAUCAUCUGUAGACACAUGCGUUUUGGAAGACGUAGUGAACACACCGGACCUGACAGCCUUUCAAGGCAGAACGUCGCCGUCAAUCGUUUCGGACAAGCGUUCUAUCUUCAUCGGAAAGAGAACUCUAUCUUUGCGCCGUUCAAGAUCAUUGCACAGUCUUUCGGAAAUCUCUACAGUCCUUAGUGCCUCCAAUGAAUUUCCUGGCUCAUACUCAGAUACACCUCAACAUCUUUCGCGGAAGAUGGCAAGUCCAGCUUUGCGAAGGCGGCCUGGUGGAGACCUUCGCGCGGCGCACAACAUGCAAGGUCUUCGGCGCAGUCGUUCACAAUCGUCACUUUCAAUUACGAUACACACCUAUUCGCCUAGAAAUUCACAACAAAGCCACAGUACUAGGGUUUCUGGGGGAUUGCUCAAACAAGGUAGUCAGUGCCAGAGGAUAAGAAGUCAUUCGCUUGCAUUGAUUGCUAACAAUGACCACAAUACCUCUCCUUCCCUCUUCGAAACGCAUUCUUCUCGAGGCGCGAUGAGGAAGUCAUUUGAAGCUGAAGUCGCCAAGUUAGCUCAACUUCCAGACGACGAAGAAGAUGAUGGCGGUAUUGAGUCUACUUUGUUGAAGCUUGAAGGCAGAUAUCAGAAACAACCUGAAGCAUCUUCGGAUCGAAACUCAAUUUCUAUACCUGAUGUUGACUUUUCGAGGCUGGCUCAGAUCGUAAACGAAAAGAAGCGAUCCAAAUGGGACAUCAAAGAUGAGGCUGUAAAAUCGGCUUUUAGGCUACCCGAUUCAUCUGGGUCUGAUGACAGAUCCUCCCUUGUCAUCCAAAGUUCAAGCCGUGAGCGCGCCCAAAAUCCUGUCACUUGUGAAAAGGAUUGCGACCAAGAUUUUGGAGAAAACUCAGUCGGUGGCCCCUCAGUAUAUUCCGAGAAUUCUGUUCCACUUCUUGGACGUGGUUUGAGCGGACACUCAGCAGCCCAUUUGACAAAAGGCCGUCAAGAAGUCAACAUAGGGCCAGCUUCCGGUUGGGACUUAGACUUUGAAGGAGAUGAAUCCCAAAGACUAAGUGCGUUCCGUUCGCAACCGUCUAGCCCAGAUCGUCUUCAGCUUGCAGCAACAAAGUUGGCUGUACCUCAGCCGGGAUUGCUGAAUUUUGACACAGCGGCAAUUUCGCGAACAGGAUCAGCUAUGUCAAUACCGGGCAGCAUUUUUGUCUGGCACCCCCUAAGCCACCCGCCCUCCCCUCCUCUGAGCAUGGAAAAUGCUGUAUCAAAGUCGCCCAAGUCGAGAAAAAGCUUUCUUUACGAGAAACCUCUAACUCCAAAUUCGACAGCCAAAACCAAGACCGUUCAAGGUCGAGGCAGCUGCGACGAGGGAUUCCACAAUAUUACACCACACAAGAAUGAGUCAUCCACAAAUACUAAUUAUGAAAACAUAUCGUCUGUCCAUUGUCCCUUCAUUCUUUCUUAUGAUGCAAAGGUUCUGGCACAACAAUUUACCCUGAUCGAAAAGGACGCGUUGUACGAAAUAGAAUGGAGAGAGCUUGUCGAGCUUGACUGGAAUAAACAGCCCAUGAGAGUGCAUGAUUGGGUUGAUUUUCUCAGAAGCUCUGAUGCCAAGGGCGUAGACUUGGUGACUGGUCGCUUCAAUCUCAUGGUGAAAUGGGUUAUAUCCGAAUGCCUCCUGACGAGAAACGUCAAUGAAAGAGUUCUUACAAUCAUCAAAUACAUUAACGUCGCCGCGUUCGCAAGGAAGUACCGCAAUUACGCUACCAUGUAUCAAAUAACUGUUGCUUUGGUAUCUGCUGAAAUCGCAAAGCUCUCGAAAACUUGGGAGCAAGUUCCCAUCGAGGAGAAACAGACGUUACGAGAACUGGAAUUGUUGGUGCAGCCUUUCCGGAAUUUUUACAACCUGAGAGCUGAGAUGGAAACCGUUGGUGCGGAGGAAGGAUGCAUACCGUUCGUUGGGCUCUAUACCCAUGAUCUUAUCUACAAUGCUCAAAAACCAACAGAGACUAAGCACGAAUGCGGUAGUGUCCUAAUAAAUUUUGAGCGCCAUUUGACUACAGCGGCAAUCGUCAAAAAUUUGUUGCGAUUGAUUGAAGCUAGCUCACGGUACAAUUUUCGACCUAUCCCUACGAUUCUUGAUAAAUGUAUAUGGAUUUCUGCACUUUCUGACGAGGAUAUGAAAAUCUACAGCAAUGGGAUUGAAUAA